GGUCGGUAGCAGAUCCAUUUUUCUUCUUAGACGAACGAGCAUUCUGCACUAGGUCGAGCUCGCCGUUGGAGGCCGUCCCCCAUUGUCAGCCUUGUGUGGUUGUUCUCCGGCAAGUAUUGAAGAUGGAUUGGCAGGGGCAGAAGCUAGCAGAGCAGCUGAUGCAGAUGAUGCUGCUGGCAUUUGCUGUGAUUGCUUUUGCUACUGGAUAUAUGAUGGCUUCUUUCCAAAUGAUGAUAUUCAUAUAUGCUGGUGGUGUGGUUCUCACCACAUUGGUGACUGUACCUAAUUGGCCCUUUUUUAACCGCCAUCCUCUUAAAUGGUUGGAUCCGAGUGAGGUUGAAAAGCAUCCCAAGCCUCAGCAAUCUGUGAAUGCAAAUUUAAAGAAGAAGCCCACUAAGAAGUAGGCUCUUUUGACUUGUAUUGGUGCUAGUGUUUCAUUGAGCUCAGUUCAGUGAUUGGACAGUAUUUGGGAUUUAUGUACUAUCUUCUUCUCCACCCUCUCCCCUUCAUUGGAUGAUGCUAUACUCCUAGUCGCCAAUCAAAAUCUAGAUUUUAAUUGCUUAGAUAUCUCAUGUCUUGGUUAGCCUCUUUUUGCAUGUUCUCUUUUUUCCUUUCUCCCUCAGUCUUUUAUUACUUAAUGUAGAAAAAAGAAUGGUAGUCCUCCAACCUUUGCUAACUGAAUGAAGCUUGAUAUUGUAGGUGAUCUUAAAUCCUUCUGUUGAGAGAUUUAUGAAUUAA